AUCGGGCCUGUCUCUGCGGCUGCCAUGUAGGACUGACAGGGCUACUGGCCGCCUAAGCCUAGCGGUCGUUCAGGCUUAUUUGUAUCCGGACCCUCAGGCCCCUCCCCCAAUUAUCUCUCUCUAAACCUAGAUAGCACGAAUCUAGGUCUUCCAAACUCAACAGGAUGAUUCGCCGGACCUCCAUGCCUCCUCCGAUCAGGAGUUCAACUCACCGGGCUUGGAGUCCUCUUCACGACGUAACGCAUCUUCGGCAUGGCAUGUAUCCCACGGCCAUGGCCAAGGCCUCUGAGGUCGCGUGACCUUUUAGGCCUCGCCCAUGGCUAUGGUGUUCAUGGUCUUAUUUGUCCAUCAGAUCUAUCUAAAUCACCAAAGUCUGUCUGGAUCUUUCAUGUAUGUCGGCCAUGCCCAGGCGGCGGCGCGCGCGAGACCGACCGGCGAGCGACCGCGACUCCACGCAGAGAAAGCCAUUGGAGUGCGACCAUGGCGCUACGUGCGGCUGUGACGGGUCUCCUGCAGCCGGCCGCUGUCCCUGUAUGUGACGGCUUCAUCUGCCUUGUCCCCAUGCUGUCCGCCGGAUUUGCAGAGGACCUUUACCUGGCCAGUCGUUUUGGGGGGUCCAAGGCAACACGCGAGUUUGAAAUCCCACGCCCGUUUGCCCUUGGGGACGUCCUGCGCGAAACCGGCAAGGGUGCUGGGUUCCUCACUGUUGAUGAGAUUGGCAUGAUGUUGCCUAAGCUGCGCCUGCGCCCUGAGGAUUCUUAUUACAUAUUUGGUGCAAGUGCUGCUGCUGCCGGAAUGCUACUCUUGUCUGCCGAAGAACCAAUUGAGCCUAAUGAUGGGCAGACAUCUGAGAUCAUACAUGAUCUUAAGGAAAAGUUGAGUGAAGUUACCGAGAGAGCGGAGAACCUCGCUGCUGAGAACAAGAGGCUCCUUGAAGAUGUGGACAAGGUCAGGGAAGCUAACAAGCAACAUGGAUAUGAGAGCUGGAUCGAGGCCCUUCGAUCCAUUCAUGAAGAGGAACUUGCUAAGCUUGAAGCUCGCAGUGACAAGGAGGGUGAUGGGAGUGGCAAUGACAACAAGGACAAUAGGAGUGGCAAGAAGGGGAAUGAGAGUGACAAGAAGGAUAAAAAGCCGCUCGCAAAGAAGCUGUUAGAUCUUUUGAUGGCACCAUCCACUGCGGAAAGUUUGUACCAGGAUAUCACCACCAACUGGACCAAGUGGGGAUACCUUUUUGGUAUGGUCCCAGUGUUCUAUGGUUUUAAAAAGGCAGAUUUUGCAAAGAUUUUCAAGGGUGACUUUAGCGGUAUAGAUCCUCGGGUUGAGGUGGUGGAGAGCAGGGCUUGCCCAUGUGGCAUUCCCUGGCCGCAGAAAUGCUCAAGAUGUGGCAGAGGACUCCCUAACUUCGUUGGUGAUUCGGGUCUCGUCAGCUUCCCUGGUAUUGCAGGCGUCAAGGGCGAAACCUUCACAGCCGUCACUCCCACUCCCGUCCCAAGGGCGACAUCGCCUCAAGCCACCGCAGCCGUGAAGUGAAUUGUUUUUCAUAUGUUGCCAGCGGAAGUGGUAGUGCCUCUGCGUAGGCCUGAACUGUUUUCUGUUUAAUGAAUAUUGUGCAACUGGUUUAGCUGCGUUUUGAGCUUCUCUGAUCUGGGAUGUAGAGAACCAGUUUGUCAUGAAGCUGUCUUCUGCAUGAUACUAUUGAACGUACGAAACUUAGCUGGAUA